AUGCAGGUACUGGUGAGCCACUUAAUAUCGUUAUUUCUUGGAAUCAGCAUAUUGUGUCUGGGCGUGUUUCAAUUAAUUCAGUGCGACUUUUCGAUGUUGACUGGGUUUGGUAUCAGUCGAAUCUUGUUGUCGCUAACCCUAGUCUUUUUUGGCAUCUUUACAUGCCUCUCACAAUUUCUCAUUACGAUUCCCCCUGUAGAGAAGUCCUGGAAAAAUAUUAUGGUAGAGACCAAUUACACUGGGCCGACUAUUAAAAAGCGAAUAACACACACAUUUGCAGUGGAGUUAUACAAUUACUUCCGAACGGGGAACGGUGUUGCCAAAUUAAACAAACGAGACGUGUAUCGUAUUAUAGAGGAAGGCGUAGCUGUUCUUCAAACCCGAGACAGUCUGACUCGAAUCACCUUGAAACAAGGGGAAAAGAUUACUUUAGUUGGAGAUAUCCAUGGACAAUUCUUUGAUUUGUGUACUAUAUUUCGAGACAAUGGAUUACCGUCAUCGGACAAUCCAUAUCUCUUUAAUGGGGAUCUAGUUGAUCGUGGUAAAUUUUCUGUGGAGAAUGUAUUAGUCCUUUUCAGCUUUAUGAUAUCGAAUCCGGAGAGUGUGUAUAUAGCAAAAGGGAAUCAUGAGACUACGGACGUCAAUUGGGGGUAUGGGUUCCGGUAUGAAGUCUUAUCCAAAUAUGAUAAUGACACUUUCAUGAUGAUGACGACCGCACUCCGAUGGCUGCCAUACGCUCAUUUGAUUAAUAAUAAAGUGUUUAUAGUCCAUGGGGGGUUACCCCCUGUCCAUUUCAAAUUAGAACAAAUUAAUGAUUUAGAGCGGGGAGUCGAUCCCUGUGAAAAUUCAUUUGAGAUGGAACUCUUGUGGAAUGACCCGAUGAUAAAGAAUGGGAGUAAACCAAGUUAUAGAGGGGCUGGUCACUUAUUUGGACCUGAUGUGGUCGAUCGGUUUCUUGAAGAAAACAAACUCGACUUGGUCAUCCGAAGCCAUGAAUUAAAGGCAGAGGGGUUCGACUACUUCGAUAAUAAGAAAAUGAUGACGUUAUUCUCGGCACCUAAUUAUAGCGGAAUUAACCAAAAUAAAGGCGCGUACGUCAAAAUGAAAUGUGCCGAUAAAAUCGAGUUCCAAGUCGUCCAAUUCUCCGCAGCAAAGAAACAACCCGAUAUUAAUUUGGCUCCUAAUGAAACUAUUGAAAUAGUUCAAGAGGAAAUAGAUGGGGAAUCACUGUUUGGAACUCUCGCGUCAUUCUCCGUUAUCUCCCUUCUCAUUUUCGCGAUUGUAAACGCUCUUUAG